AGACAGAGAAGCAGAGGCACGAAUCAACAGUGCGAGAAAAUUUAAAAAGAGAAGAAAAAAGGUUGCAGAGACGAAUGAAAGCAAAUAAAACAACAUUUUUAUCUGCAGUUAAUUAACAAGGUGAAAAACAGGUUUCCCCAAUGAAAAUGUUAAGAUUCAGCACUGGCAAGUUCUCCAUUUUGAUUCUAAUGGCUCAGACUUUAGCUUUUGUCUGUAUCAUUUUUAAAUUCCAUAACAGCCAUACCACACCUGUAAAAAAUUAUCAGAAGACUCAUUUGCUCGUCUUAUCAACAUGGAGAUCUGGAUCAUCUUUCACUGGGCAACUGUUCAGUCAGCACCCUGAUGUAUUUUAUCUAAUGGAGCCAGUUUGGCAUGUGUGGUCUAAAAUGAAUCGAAACAGCAUCAAAUUAUUGGAUAUGGCAGCCAGGGAUCUGGUCCGUUCAGUUUUUCUCUGUGACAUGUCUGUGUUUGAGGCCUACAUGCCACCAGAAAAAUUUACAUCAAGCUUUUUUCAGUGGGAGACUAGCAGAGCUCUGUGUUCCCCUCCAGUAUGUGAUUUAUUUGAACGAAGUGAUAUAAUUCCACAAGCUCACUGUAAAUUGCUAUGUCCCAAACAUCCAUUUAAUAUGACUGAACAAGCAUGUAGAAGCUACAGUCAUAUUGUACUUAAAGAAGUGAGAUUCUUUGACUUGAAAGUCCUUUAUCCUCUGCUUCAUGAUCCAGCAAUAAACCUGAAAAUUCUUCACUUAGUCCGAGAUCCUCGUGCGGUGUUUCGUUCAAGACAAAGAACAACUGGUGCCCUUGCUUUAGACACCAAGAUUGUUUUAGGGGCCAUAAAGUCAAAGAACUGGGAUGCAGAUUAUGAGAUAAUAAAACAAAUCUGUGAGAGCCAAGUAAUGAUGUAUAGAACUGUCAUGAUGCCCAACUUCAAUAGGUUGCGUAGCCGCUACCACAUGGUGCGCUAUGAAGAUAUUGCUAAUGAUCCCAUUGAAACUGCAAGGCAGAUGUACCAGUUUGCAAAUCUUAACUUCACCUCCAAACUUAAGACUUGGGUACACAAUAUAACACAUGGUAAGGGCCAAGGUAUGAGUUUUAUAAUCAAUUCCAGAGAUGCUCGCAAUGUCUCCACUGCAUGGAGGGAUAGCCUUCCAUUCAAAACUGUCUACAAAAUCCAAAACAUUUGUAAAGAAGCUUUAAAUGUUUUUGGCUACAGGAUUUUGAAGACAGAGACAGAACAGAAAAACCUAUCAUAUAAUAUUUUGUUACCUCUUACUAAACUUAACAGUGGUAACAAUAUACCUUAGCAAUAGAUAUACAUUUUAGUAUAUCUACUUUAGUAUUUAGUAUAUGUACUUCUAGUUUAACCAGAAGGGAAAACAUGCUAUAAUUGAAUGUCAAAUUUACAGUGAAAAGAAAAACAAGUGAAUUACAGAAGCAUCACUCUCUGGGUUCAGUAGUAAUAACUGGAUGCCAAGAAUAAAUGUCCAUUGUUUGUAACUUGAUAAACGAUGCAGUCAAAGAUGUCUGUAAGUUUCAGCUCCCAUAAAGUUCAUCCCAUUCAAUGAUGUUAUGCUAAAAAUAUUAAUCAUUUGGGUGAAAUUUUAAAGGCAGUACUUGCCAAUGUUUGCAAAACACAUAAAUGAGAUGGCAGCAAGGAAAUAUACAACCUUUUGCAGUUAUGAAACAAAGGGCUGAGACUGGUGCAAUGAUUACAUUUAUGGAAGGGUAUUUAUUGGUUUAACAAAAUUGUGAUAUUACCCACCAAAUAACCAUACAAUGUGUAUAUAUAUUCUAAAUUAAGUUAUUUAUAUAAAACCAACUGCUCAUGUAGAAGGUAUUGCAAAUUUACUGUACAGCUGUCACCUAGUGGAGAGUUAUUAAUUGUACACAAAAUACAGAUAUUAAAACAGUUAUUACAGUUCUGUCCAAUUUUUUCCAUGUGAAUAGUGAACUACUAUAUCACAUGUUCACAUGUCUGUGUGCCAAAGCUAUCUCUUAAGGACAGCAACUGGUCCAUAUAUGUCUUCAACUACUCGGCUGUGGUGUGGGAUAAGAAAAGUAUUGCUAGUAUAAAAAUAAAAUACAGGUAUAUGAGCCAAAUCUCUCAGCUGUGAAAUGAAUGAAACAAUAAGCAAAGAUGCUGCUGGUUAUACUGAUGCAAAUAUUAUAUAUCUAGAGAUAUAUGAACACAAACACUAAAACAGGACAUGGAAAAUUUGUGUUGCAACCAAAAGCACCCAAAGCAACGCUUGUCGUCAUGUUGAUACCUGUAGAAUCAUGCAAAGCUCCAAUGCAGAUUUAGCUGCAGUUUCUAAAGCCAACAUGUUACAGUUUGUGUUUGUUUUUUUGCAAUGUCCUGAGCCAGCUGUAAUAUAUACCAAGUCCGGAUAGGGAAAACUAUACUACCCACUUACAAACCUCCCAACAUUUUGAAAAUGGAAAGAGGGACAAAAAGAAAUGCAGCAUGCAGCGGCAACAUGGGGUCCUGU